AUGACUGCAGGACUUUGUCAGAAGAAAGACGCUGGUGAGAAAAAGCCCAAAGCGAAACUGAAGAAGUCCAAAACUGUCACGCCCAAACCCAAAGUCAGAGGUGCCCAAUCCCUGCCUUCAGCCCCAGCCAAACCCUCCCAGGUCAUCCUCACACAGGUGCUGGACAAAGGAAAGUUCCGGAAGGUGGGAGAUACGCUGGUUGUUCUAGGUGGGGGUAACCUGGAACUCAGGUGCAAAGGCAAACCUGUACAGUGGGCAGUGCCCUACUACCUGCAGGAGGAGGACGAGGGCCGGCUCAGGAUGAUUCAGCAUGAGAAGUAUGGUGUCCUCAUCCUGGCCAACUCUACAGGUGCUGACACGGGGGAGUACACCUGCUACCCGAUGUUGUGUGAGGAGGGGGACUGCAGGAAGGAUUACGACCGUGCGGUCAAAGUCUUUGUCUUCUUUCCCGACCCUCAGGAGCUGUUCGUGCCCUCCUCGGAUUAUUACGAAAUGGUUCAGCUGCGUACCAACCGGCCCACGGUACUGCCCUGUCAGGUCACCAACCCCCAGGCCACAGUGACCCUGCACCGCGAGUUCCCCCCGGAGGACCUGAAAGUGGACGGGACUGAGAUCUCCUUCAACCUGAAGAGGGGCUUCACCAUCCACAGGCCACAGCCCCACCACGCCGGCUCUCUCUUCUGUGUGGCCAGCUACGGCAGGCUGCGGCAGAGCUCUGUCAAAUACGUCCUCAUCUACGUCAACUACCCCAAGUCCCCUCCCUCCCCUGUGAUCCAGGCCUCCGCCACGUCUGUCCGUGUAGGUGAGAACGUACAAAUCAUCUGCUCGGUGAUGGGAGAAGCUGACGUGGCCAUUGAUUUCACCUGGGAGUACCCGGGACUAAAGAGCGGCAGGCCGCUCUACACCGAGGACAGUGUGAGACCCAUGCGGGGCGGGGGCCAGGGCCAGCAGCGCUCCGAGACCGUUCUCCUGGUGGACGAGGUCCGUGAGGUGGACGGGGGAACGUACACCUGCACCGCCCAGAACCUGGAGGGGUCCCGCUCUGCCUCCACUUCUGUCAAGGUGCUACCAGCCCAGAAUACCACCCCUCGCCCCCGCAGACCCUGA